AUGGAAGAGCUUGACCGCUGUUCGCAGGAUCAGCUGGUUUGGUUCCUCGCCCCGACCGUCGCCUUGUGUACCCAGCAGCAUGAGGUCUUACGCUCACAACUGCGUGCUGCGAGGACGAGGCUGCUGAUCGGCGCGGACAACGUGGACCGUUGGAGUGAGAAGCGACUGUGGGAUUCAGUGUUGAGCGGGGUGCAAAUUGUCGUCUCAACACAUGCUGUCUUGCUCGACGCCCUUGGGCACGGCUUUGUCCGGAUAGCACGGCUGGCUCUGCUGGUCUUCGAUGAAGCACAUCAUUGCAGGCGAAAGCACCCAGCAAACAGAAUCAUGCAAGACUUCUACCAUCCGAGAAAACUGAGCCAUGGGCCAGCUUCAGUGCCUCAUAUUCUGGGCCUAACGGCAAGCCCCAUACAAUCCAAACCAAAGGAUCUAGUUGUCAUUGAAACCAACCUCGACUCGAUUUGUCGCACCCCUCGCCGGCAACGGCAGGAGAUGCUGAAGUUUGUCAAUAGGCCUGUGGUGAAAAAGCUAUUCUACCGUGACAAAGACGAUGACUAUCACCAGCAUCUGAAAGCAGCUUCAAGAGAAAGUAUGGCCCUGCGUCUGCUGAGACGCAUUUGCCACCAAAUAGCCCCCGAGUCUCCCACAGGGGUAGAUCAACCAAGCAUUGGAACACCUCUUCCCACUGGCGGGUAUGAGGGGCAGCUGGUGAAGUUCCGGAAAAAGGCAGUUCACGUCUAUGAUGAGCUGGGUGCUUGGGCUGCGGACUACUUUAUCCUAGAGUCUAUCAAGAUUUUGAAGCAGGGUUUGGACGUCGAAUCUCCUUUCGUGUUUGGGUUCAAGGACGAUGAAAAGACCAAGCUCCUUCAGGUGCUCAGUGCGAUCCCGGCACUGAUGUUAACCAGCUUUCGACCUGAAGAAGGAAAUGAGAUGCCCCUUUCGCCCAAGGCUGAGUGCCUCAUUGCGUUUCUGGCAGAGCAGGAUCCUGAAAGAUGUUCGGGUCUCGUCUUUGUGAAGCAGCGAGCUGUGGUCAGUGUGUUGCACGCGUUGCUCUCGCAGCACCCCCGAACCGCAAAGCAGUUUCGAUGCGCGACAUUUGUUGGUUUGUCCAACAGUGCCCACCGUCGAUACUCGAUGUCUGAAAUGCUCGACCUGAAAGCACAGCGCGAAGCAUUGACGGAACUCAAGGCCCAAGUCAAGAACAUCAUUAUUGCGACAGAUGUGCUCGAGGAAGGCAUCGAUGUCAUCGCUUGCAACCUGGUGGUGUGCUUCGACCUUCCAUCCAACCUCAAAUCAUUUGUCCAGCGACGAGGACGGGCCAGACAAGAGCAGUCCACCUUUGCCGUCCUUUUAUCUGACCCUAACAGCGGCGAGAACAAAGACAAAAUCCAUGCCUGGCAACAACUGGAAGAAGAGAUGAUCCGACUCUACCAAGACGAGACGAGAUGUCUGCAACAGGAAAUGGCAGAGGAACCCACCGAGAACGUUACGUAUGAGCUCAACCUUCCUUCCACCGGGGCCAAGUUGACUGCAGACGGCGCGCUCGGGCAUCUUCAUCACUUCUGCGCCCUCCUGCCCCCUCAACCGUUUGUAGAUCUCCGGCCGGCCUUUGAAACUCAACAAAAUGAACUGACAGGCAUGUUCACCGCAACCGUCACUCUUCCAAACUGUGUCAAUGCUUCGGUGCGGUGCGCCGCUAGUCGCAAGGCAUGGCAAACGCAGAAGGCUGCCGUCAAGGAUGUGGCCUUUCAAGCUUACCAAGCACUGUUUCACGCCGGGCUGUUGAACGACCAUCUACUGCCUCUCAAACAUGAUACCGCGUUAGACGAGGAAGAUCCGAUUGACGACUUGCCGGCCGUGGUUGAAGUAAGCACCCAACACGACCCCUGGUUGGAAUUGGCUCAAGCCUGGUCAUGUCCGGACUGUCACUACACCACCAUUAGUCUUCAUGAGGACGGCAAGAAUGGCCCGAGCGAACUCGAGUUUGUUCUCGUAAGCCCAUCGGCUCUACCGGCCAUCAAACCAAUCAAGAUGUACUGGAGCGAAUGUGUCACUUUCACCCUCACACUGGGAAGCCCGCACCGGGUCUCUUGCCCCAAGCCCGAGAUUCUAGAAGUCAUGAGGGAGAUCACCCAACUGAUCCAGCGUUCUAUACAUUCGGACCAGUAUCCAGACCAUGGAAAUGACUUUAUUGCGCUGUUCAUUCCAAGCAGUGAAAGUCGACAUCUCGUCAAGUGGCUGGAAACUAAUGGAGGAAGAAAUCCGGCUCUGGAUCACUUUCGAGCUCACCCAGCCACGCCUUGCCGGGGCUUUAUCCGGGCACCGUCAACAUACGGCCGUCCAUACCUAUUCCAGCGUUGGUGCAAUGCAGACACAACUGUGGGAGCGGGUGAAAUUGAAUUGGAAUGCGCACCGCUGCCGAAGCGACGGAACUUUCUUCGCCCGGAGACGCUGUCCGAGGGUGCGGCGCCUGCGAAUAUAUCGGAUGGCGAGGCUGCUUUGCUCCGAACAGAGCGUUUCUGCGCACAAGAUGCCACGGUCGAUCGGCUGCCAAUCGAACAGGCCCGCUUUGGGCUCUUCAUUCCUGGUCUUCUCCAGCAUAUCGAGAUGACUCUGGUUGCACAAAGGCUGUGCGCCACCAUUCUGAGAACUGUCCAAUUCACCGACCUUGGACUCGUCAUCACGGCUAUCAGCUGCCCCUCGGCACAGUGGGUCACUAACUACCAACGGCUGGAGUUCAUUGGCGACUCGGUGUUGAAGUUUGUCGUGUCACAACAGCUGUUUGUCGGCCAUCCCAGCUGGCACGAGGGAUAUCUAACUCGGGCGAGGGCCAAACUCACGUCAAACGACACCUUUGCUCAAGCCGCGGUGCGGUUAGGGCUGGACUCAUUCAUUAUCGCCGAGCCAGUUCGCGCCACCGGCAAAUCCUACUCCCACCCUCGCAUCUCCGACACGAGACCAAGAAAUCCGUCGGCGGAGAAAAGGGAGCUCAGCUCCAAGACGUUAGCCGACGUGGUCGAAGCUCUAGUCGGUGCUGCAUAUGUUGACGGUGGAUUCCCUCUGGCCCGGGCUUGUAUGAAGGUCUUUCUCCCCGACACUGAGCUUGAGCCUCCGGAGGUUGAGCCCAGCGCUAGGCCCCAACUCCUGUCUAACAGUGGGACCAAAUUGACCAACUUUAUCAUCGCCAAAGUAGAGAUCAUGAUUGGGUAUGAGUUCCAGGACAAAGGGCUCCUACUCGAGGCACUGACCCAUCCUACGUGCGAGAGAGAUCUGCAGACGGAAUCGUACCAGCGGCUUGAAUUCCUCGGAGACGCCGUGCUGGACAUGUUGGUAGUCUCGCUCCUCGCGACGGAGAAGGUCUCUGUCUCUCAAGGCGACAUGACUCGGAUCAAGGCGGCUAUGGUCAACGGCCACUUACUCGGCUUCUUCUGCCUCGACUUCAGUACGGAGGAAGAGGUGACGGACGUUGAAGAAGGAGGCAUGGGCAUGGGCAUGGGAAUGAGAGGUGCUGACAUGGCAAAGACAGGAUUGCGGCAUGGCGCCAAGGGGAACGGCGUGUUCCAGUUCCAGACCAAAGUCCGCCGUGAGCAACGAUACCUGUGGCAGUACAUGCGCUUCCACAAUCAAGAGCUCGCGAUGGCGCGCGAACGCAGCCUUGCCCGCCACCGCCAGCUACAGGGGGACAUUCGGAGCGCCCUGGCCACGGGCCCCUGCUACCCCUGGGUUCUGCUCACUCGCUUGAACCCGGACAAGUUCCUCUCCGACAUGAUCGAAAGCGUCAUUGGCGCCAUCUUCCGCGACUCGCGCAGCGACCUGCAGCCGUGCCGCCGCUUUCUUGACCGCAUCGGCCUCGCGCCAUACCUGCGCCGCGUGUGUGUGGACCGCGUCGAUGUCGAGCAUCCGCGGAAUGCUCUGCAGCGGAUUGCGGGGUCGGAGCCAGUCCAGUGGACGGUAGGUGUGGAACGGGAGGGAGAAGGUGAUGACGAGCGAGAAGGUGAAGGUGACCAUGACCAUUUCCAUGGCCCCCCGUCCCACCUAGACCAAAAUCCCUACAAGUACCACUGCACCGUGAGUGUGAAUGACGAGCCCCUCGCCUGCGUGGCUGGGUGUCUGACCAAAGAGGAGGCCAUGGCCACUGCGGCAGAGUGGGCAAAAAACCGGAUGGUCGAGAGAAGAAAGGAAAGGGAAGGGAGUGGCCAGGGCGAGCCAGGCCAGAUCGUUGGGGGGAUGUGA